GCAUGACCUAAAUAUAUCAAAUGAAAUACCCUUGAAAAUUUCAUCAUAAUAAAACCAAAAAUGGAGAUCUUUGGGUUUUACUCCAUAUUGUGGAAUAUCAUUAAAACAUUAUUAAUUCUAUUUCUCUUCUCCAUAGUGUAUGAUUGGGUCCAGAUGCUGUUAUGGAAGCACAAAUACAAAAUAAAAGGUGCCUUUCCCCUGCCAAUUUUUGGAACAAUGUUGUCUUACAUUAUGGCGCCUGGCGCAGAGGAUCAGCGAAAACGGUUUGAGAAAUAUGGUAGCGUUUUCGGCGGACCGUCCGGUUCUACCAGAGUCAUUGCAGUUGCCGACAUUCAAUUGCUGAAAAAAAUCAUGAUCCAGGACCACGUGGAGUUCCAAAACCGAUAUGUUUUCAAAGCAGGAUACGAUCCUCCGCCGAUUGCCCACACGCUAUUAUAUUUGGACGAUGAGGAGUGGAAACGCGUCAGGAGCAUUAUCACUCCUAGCUUUAGUGUCGGAAAAUUAAAACAGAUGACCAAACAGAUGAAUUCCUGCGCUGAACUGCUUAUUGCUGGCUUUCUAGAAAAGGCAAACCCAAGUGCAGUCAUAGAACCAAAAGUACAUUUUGGCUGCUAUACCAUGGACGUGAUCGCCAGUAAUGCUUUUGGAAUAUCCACUAACGCCUUCAAAAACCCCGACGACCCGUUCAUAAGGCACGCGAAGAGAGCGUUUUCAACGCCAGUCUUCAGCCCAAUCUUAGUUUUAGCAUUUUUGUUCCCAAGGCUCUUUUCUCCAAUCUCAAAUCUGUUGAAGUAUAGUGCGUACUACCCAAAGGAUUCCCUUGAGUUUUUCUGUGAUGUUUCAAGCAAAAUCAUUGAAGAACGGAAACAAACUUUUGAUCCAAGCCGAGUAGAUUUACUUCAGCUGAUGCUUAAUGCGGAACUUCAUGAUAAUGACAAGGACGCCAAAACCAAGAAAAGGCUAUCUGUAGAGGAGCUAAUUGCCCAGAUGUUUAUAGUGUUUGUUGCCGGCUAUGAGACCACCGCCUCACUUCUUCAAUACGCCGCAUACGCUUUAGCCCUCCAUCCUGGCGUCCAGGAUAAACUUACUUCCGAGAUAGACAACUGUAUCCCUGAAGAUGUCACUGAGCUAACGUAUGACGUAAUACAAGAGAUGCCCUAUCUAGACCAGUUCGUUUACGAAACCUUGAGAAUGUACCCACCUAUUGUAGCGAUGAACCGAAGGACCAGCAAAGACAAGGAUGUGUUUCUGGACGGUUAUUGGUUUCCCGCCGACACAAUGAUCAUGUACAACAUAUACAUGAUCCACCAUGACCCAAAACAUUAUCCUGAGCCUGAAAAGUUCAAACCUGAAAGAUUUCUCCCUGAAGAGAAGGCAAAACGUGACCCGUUCACCUUCAUACCGUUCGGACAUGGUCCUCGGAACUGUAUUGGCAUGCGGCUUGCUCUCCUCGAGGCGAAAAUUGCCCUGGUGUCUACGUUGAGGAAGGUCAAGUUCUUCCAGGUCACAGAAACUGAGGUGCCCCUGGAAGUUGUCACUUAUGAGCCGUUCCUGCGACCCGCCAGGCCAGUGAAAGUUGGGGUGGAGAGACGAUCUUAGGCCCCAAACUGACAGUUAACAGCACACGAGGUGUUUAAAAAAUGAGUCGUCACAUUUAUGUUAUGUAGAGUCGGUGUACAUACAUGAGGGAAUUAUUGAAAGAAGUCUUUUUUAAAAACAAAUAAAUAAUUGUAUUUUACUCGUCUGUUGUGAAACAGGCAAUAAUCGCUUGAGCGGCAUGUAAAGCCAACAUAGUCUUCCCAUUUUCAAUUGAACAUUGGCUCUGGAAGUUUUUUGAUGAUUUGCGUGGAGUUGUAGUAAGCAGUACAUUAUGUCAAUUUAAUGAUUUUAAACCGUUGUAGAAAGCGUGUAUAUCUCAACAAGAUAUUUUGCAAGUGUAUGUAAAGGUGUGAUUGUUGUCGUUCUCUUAAGAUUGUUAUAAAACAUUGAAUGCGUUUGAUAUCCAAUCCUAUAAUCGUUCAUUUGCAUACUCGUGUUCAUUAGUAUACUCGAAUGUAGUGAGUAUGACAAGUUUGUAGUUGCAUUAUAUUAUCAUUGUAUGUGUUGUCUCUUUUCAUGGAUGCUUAAGCUAGAAAGUAUGUAUUAUAAAUAAAUUGCCAUAAACGUAAA